CGCAGCCGCGCGGGGCUCUGCGUUAGCGGCGGAGGCUGCGAUGCACGAGCCGCCGCUGCCGCCUCCCGCCGCCGCGCAUCCUCCCGCCGCCUGAGGACGCGGCCGCCUGCGCCCCCGCGGAGGGAGGUAAUCUGGCUUCCCAGAAAUCUUCUGCUAAAUGCAAGGGUUUGCUGUCCUGUUUACUGACUGUUAGACCUGAGGCUGAUUUUGAUACAGAUUGUGGAUAUCGUAGGGCGGGCUCCCGCGUUCCCCCUGAGCCGCCGCUGCCCUCCGCCGCCAUGUCACGGCACCACAGCCGCUUCGAAAGAGAUUACCGGGCGGGCUGGGAGCGCCGGGACUGGAGCUCCAACGGGAACCAUGUGGGCAGCACCAGCUGCAGCAGCGCCGCCAGCACCACCAGCAGCUCCCGGCCCGGGCUGCUGCCCCUGCCCAUCGUCCCCUCGCGCCUCCCCGCCCCGGCCACCGCCGCCUGCACCACCGGCAGCAGCGAGGUCAUCACCAGCCUGGUGGCCAACUCCUCCCCAGCUUCCAGCACCAAAUGUCGUGCGCUGAUGUCCCUGGUGUCCUGGAGCAGCAAGUGUCGCAGCCGGGACCUUGGUUCGAUACCUCAGCUCCGUUCCCUGAUGUUCUCGCUGAGAAAUGAAGGCAGCUGGACACCUUGCAUUUCCAAGACAGAAAAUCAGCCUCAAGGACUUGCAACAAGCGUCAGGUGGGGACAGACACCCAUCAAUCAGUCCACGCCCUGGGACACUGAUGAGCCUCCAUCUAAACAGAUGAGGGAGAAUGAAAACCCAGGUGCAGCACCCUGGGUCACCACGGUGGCAGCGGGCAGCCAGCCCGCCCUCAUCACGCACUCCUACGGGAUGACACAGCCGCCCACCUUCAGCCCGGCCGCCAGCGUCCAGGCCCCUGUCAUCGGCGUCACGCCAUCCCUGCCGCCGCACGUCACCCCACAGCUCCCACUGAUGCCGGGCCACUACCAGCUCCAGCCGCAGCCCUCCCAGCCCCUCAGCAACAUGGUGGUCAACCUCCAGAGCCAGCCCUUGUACACCAACAGCCAGCCCCUCAGCAUGUCCUCCAUGAGCGGCGUGGGCCCAGUGGCCCACCCGGGCCCCGGGGCGGUGGGCAAUGGCCACCUGGCCUGCCCCAUGCUGCCGCCGCCGCCGCCGGCCCUGCCCUCGGCCGCCCUGCCCAGCGGCGUGCCCGCCACCAACGGGCAGGCGGCCGCCCCGCUGCCCCCCAGCGCGGCCGCGGCGGGCGGCCCGGACAACACCAACGGGGUGCAGAUGCUGCGGACGAUCGGCGUGGGGAAGUACGAGUUCACGGACCCCUGGCACCCCAAAGGUAAGGCGGGCCCGCUCGGGCCCCUCGGGCGCGCGGCGGGGCGGGCGGCGGCCGACCCUCGGCAUCCCUGCCACUCUCCCUGGGCCCGCCAGCUUCGGCGGCUGCCUACGCACUUUUCUAAAAUGCAGAGCUUUUGUGAGGUACUGACGACAAAAAGCAGCGUGGUAACAGGAGGUACGACAGGCUGUGGGCGAAAAGUAGUGAAAAGCAGCUUUCAGGCCCAUCAGAUAAGCUGGUGUUCCCAAGGGUAA